GCUGCCUGGCUCGUCUCGUUCGCCGCACUCCUGUUUGUGAGUGUAUGAGCCACCACUUGAGCACUUUACAUGACUGGAAAAAUUAAGGUAGAUGCUAAUUUACCGGCUUCGAGGUAGAAGACACGUUUCCCAUCCGAGGAAAGAGGUUGUUUUUAUUGCGGAAGGAGACAGAUUUGGUUUUGCUGCCUUUUCUUCCAGCCAGCGGCAGAGAUCUCUGAUACCGAGCGCUUAGCUAACAAGCUAACUGGAACUGUUUUUACAUACAAGCUAGUAUAGUUAGCUUGCUAACAGGCUAGCGAACGUCGGCUUUAGAAAUGUAUUGUCUCGGUUUAUCUGUUGUAAUGUUGGAACCGGCUAUAGAGCCGUUAUAUGAACAAACUGGCGUGAUAUCUCCUAUGAAAUGUUGAAUGUUUUAAAGCUCCUGUCCUAGUUUGGUUUAUAAUCUCCAGUGAAACCUUAAGACUGGAGUGUAGACAAUAGUUUACUGUCUGGGCAACAAGUCUAGCUCACUCUGCUGCUUUAACUCAAUUAUGUACUCGUAUUUCAUAUUGUCGGUUAAUAUCCGGAUAAGACAGAAACUAUAGCUCGUGGCAAAAAUAAUCUUUGUGGCUCAGCAAAGGUGGCGUUACACAAAGAAAAGUAGAGUGCGACUUAGGAUGUCCAGAUUUGAGUCCAUUCGGUAGUUUGGGAAAAGCUGUUGUCAUUUUAUCAGCAGCAUCACGACCGACGAGGUGGAUGGACAUUAAAAAUCGCCCACAUGCGUUGGAUCAGCUCCCGGACUUGUGAAAGGCAACUGAAGCAGGAGGAGGGAGACGAAAGCUCGCAGCCCUUGCAGCCCGGGGGAAGAUGGCGGAGCGCUCCCACAGGAGGUGGUGAGACCCAAACUUCGCAACUUGUCGGAUUCACAGACUCGCACCUUAUUUCCGAUCGCCGGACACAUGCAGGCCAAAAAACGAUACUUAAUCCUGUUCUCCGCCGGCGCCUGUCUCAUUUUGCUGUUGUGUUUCGGGGGUAUACAAGUCCCGCUGUCCGGACGGGGUCCCAGCCGGCGCGAUGACCGCAGCCUCGCCGGUUCUCACCCCGGGGCGCGGUGGCGGCGCCUCCAGGGAUACCUGCAGUCUUUCAGCACCUUUGAGAAGGAUCGGAGCGAUGACCUCGGCGAACACAUAUCUCCUAGGCAAAAGAGGGACACCAACUCAUUCCUGUACACUGGAAAACGAUGCAGAAUGGAGUCCUGCUUUGACUUCUCUCUGUGCGAGAGGAACGGAUUUAAGGUUUAUGUGUAUCCGCAGCAGAAAGGAGAAAAGAUCUCGGAGAGCUAUCAAAACAUUCUGACAUCCAUCGAGGGCUCCAGGUUUUACACGCCAGACCCAGCACAGGCCUGCCUGUUUGUCCUGAGCUUGGACACUUUGGAUCGGGACCAGCUUUCACCUCAGUACGUGCACAACCUGAAGGCGAAAAUCCAAAGCCUUCCUCUCUGGAACGAAGGCAAAAACCACAUAAUCUUCAAUUUAUAUUCCGGCACAUGGCCAGAUUACACAGAAGAUCUCGGCUUUGACAUUGGCUUUGCCAUGCUGGCCAAAGCCAGCAUAAGUACAGAAAACUUCAGGCCUGAAUUUGAUGUUUCUAUCCCCCUGUUUUCGAAGGAGCACCCCAGGACAGGUGGAGAGAGGGGCUAUUUGAGACAUAACACGAUCCCCCCUUACAGGAAGUACGUGCUUGUUUUUAAGGGGAAGAGAUACCUGACUGGAAUAGGGUCAGACACAAGGAAUGCUUUAUACCAUGUGCAUAACUCUCAGGACGUGGUCCUCCUCACCACCUGUAAGCAUGGGAAGGACUGGCAGAAGCACAAGGAUGCACGCUGCGAUAAGGACAACACAGAGUACGACAAGUAUGACUACAGAGAGAUGCUGUACAACUCCACGUUCUGCCUGGUUCCUCGGGGUCGCAGGCUGGGCUCCUUUCGUUUCUUAGAGGCUCUGCAGGCAGCUUGUGUGCCAGUGAUGCUCAGCAACGGCUGGGAGCUUCCCUUCUCAGAAAUCAUCGACUGGAACACGGCAGCUGUGAUUGGGGAUGAAAGACUACUGUUGCAGAUCCCUUCGACAGUACGCUCCAUCCACCAGGACAAGAUUCUGUCUCUGAGACAGCAGACGCAGCUUCUGUGGGAGGCUUACUUCAAUUCUGUGGAGAAGAUAGUGUUGACCACGCUGGAGAUCAUCCAGGAUCGUGUUCUGGAGCACAACUCCAGAAGUAGCCUCAUGUGGAACAGCCUUCCUGGUGGGCUCUUCACUCUGCCUCGCUACUCCACUCACCUGGGGGAUUUCCCCUUCUUCUACGCUACGCUGGGUAUCAAGCCGUACCCGAAGUUUACAGCAAUCAUUCAUGUGGUCACCCCACUGGUCUCCCAGUCCCAGCCAGUGAUGAAGCUGCUUGUAGCCGUUGCCAAAUCCCAGUACUGUGCUCAGGUGAUCGUUCUUUGGAAUUGCGACAAGCCUCUUCCUGCCAAACACCGCUGGCCCGCCACCUCGGUUCCUUUUAUUGUCAUAGAAGGAGAAAGCAAGGUGAUAAGCAGCCGCUUCCUUCCCUACGACACCAUCCCCACAGACGCUGUCCUCAGUCUGGAUGAAGACACUGUGCUGUCCACCACAGAGGUGGACUUUGCCUUCACUGUGUGGCAGAGUUUCCCCGACCGCAUCGUCGGCUACCCGGCCCGCAGUCACUUCUGGGACAGCAGCAAGGAGCGCUGGGGCUACACCUCCAAGUGGACCAACGACUACUCCAUGGUGCUGACCGGAGCCGCCAUCUACCACAAAUAUUACCACUACUUGUACACCACCUACCUUCCAGCCAGCCUGAGGACAAUGGUUGACCAAAUGUCAAACUGCGAAGACAUUCUUAUGAAUUUCCUUGUGUCAUCCGUUACUAAGCUACCGCCCAUUAAGGUCACGCAAAAGAAACAAUACAAGGAAACCAUGAUGGGACAGAGCUCCAGAGCGUCCCGUUGGGCUGACCCGGACCAUUUCGCCCAGCGUCAGACCUGCAUGAACAAGUUUGCCAGCUGGUUUGGCACCAUGCCUCUGGUCCACUCCCAGAUGAGGCUGGACCCGGUCCUCUUCAAAGACCAGGUGUCGAUACUGAGGAAGAAAUACAGAGAAAUCGAGAGGCUAUAACCCCCACCGAGCCCCCCAGCUCCCUGUGCUCUGCAGACACAACAGAUGUGGAGACUGAGUGGGGGGGGGGGGG